AACAUAACCUAAGUCAUUAGUCACCUUCUGUUCUCAGAAGUUGCUUUCGUUUCCGUCUCCGGCGACAAUGGAGGGAGAGACAGAAAUAACGAAAGAGAAAACACGGAUAUACGUCGGCGGAUUAGGCGCCGGAGUGACGGAAGAUGAUCUCCGGAAAACAUUCUCGGCGUUGGGUGAAGUAGUCGCCGUCGAUGUCGUCCGCACCAAAGGCCGUAGCUUCGCUUACCUCGAUUUCCUCCCUUCUUCCGAUAAAUCUCUUCCAAAACUCUUCAGCACGUAUAAUGGAUGUAUGUGGAAAGGAGGGAAGCUGAGGCUUGAGAAGGCUAAAGAACAUUAUCUUGUUAAAUUGAAGCGUGAAUGGCAAGAGGAGUCUGAACAUGCCAGCAAAGCAUCUGAUAAAUGUAAUCCCGAUGCAACCAAAAUUCACGAUACAUCCGAGAAGCCAAAGAAACCGUCCCCUGCAGAUAAGACACAGAUACACAUAUUCUUCCCAAAGCUAGGAAAGGUGAAAUCAUUGGCUCAAGUUGGGAUCGGAAAACACAAAUACAGCUUUCAACGGAUUCAAGUUCCACCUGUUCCAACCCAUUUCUGCGAUUGCGAGGAGCACUCGCUUGCUUUUCCUCCUCCAAGUAAAAAACAAUCUAUGGAAAUCGACGACGCAAGCUACGGUAUCAACGAGCAAGAGCUGAGUAUUAUGAACUCAGUGAUGAAUAAGAUAUUCGAAAGGGCAAAUCCGUCUAAACAAGUAAUUGAGCGCUCUGAAUCAACAAAUGAAGAAGAUGAACCGGUUACUGCUGAAACUGACGAGGAAGAUCAGUUAACAGAUGAUGAUGAUAUGAUAAUCAACGUGGGUAAUAGGAAAAACGACGGUAUGGAUCUGUUAGGGGAAAUGAAAGCCAUGAUGGCGAAUACUUCUACUGAGAAACCAAAUAAGGUGAAAGAUAAUUCUCGAAAGAAAACUGAUCCGCUCGAUAAGAAGAGAAAAUCGUCACACACGGAAGAAACAUCUGGAAAUUCUCGGGCCCGUGUGGAUACUCAAGAAAACGACAAAAAAGAAGUUGGAGUAGUUAGGAAACAAUCGGAAAAUUCUCGGGCCCGUGUGGAUACUCAAGUAAACGACAAAAAAGAAGUGGGAGUGGUUAGGAAACAAUCGGAAAAUAAUUCUUUACGGUCACUGAAGUCUUCAUGGAAAGGUCUUAUUGGUCAGAAACGCGACACAUCAUUCAGUAUUUCAGACUUCAUUGCGUCUAGAAAAGAAGAGGAACUUAACACUGAUAAAAAGAGAAAGUUAGAGGCUGAUGAAAACAGGCCUGGAACAGAAGUAGGUGACGUGACUACAGAAAAUAACAUUCCCGACAUUAUCGCAAACAAUUAUGAGCAAAAAGAAGAGCAACCAAAAGCUGAUAAUCGUGACCAAAAAGAGGAAGAACCUAAAAGUGAGGAUGUUGACCAAAAAGAGGAAGAACCUAAAAGUGAGGAUGUUGACCAAAAAGAGGAAGAACCUAAAAGUGAUGAUGUUGACCAAAAAGAGGAAGAACCUAAAAGUGAUGAUGUUGACCAAAAAGAGGAAGAACCUAAAAGUGACGAUCUUGACCAAAAAGAGGAAGAACUUGAAACUGAUGAUCUUGAUUGCAAUUUUGAUAACCAUGAAAAUGAUCAAGAUUUAAAGAAACCAACUAAAGAUUCGCCUGUGAAAAACGAUGAAGAUUUGAUUCGGACAGCUAGAGGUGAAUUUUGGCGGCAUAAAUCUUCAUGGACACAACUGAUCAGCACUGCAAGUCAUAGUUCUUUCAGCAUUUCUCAGAUUGUUCCCGAUGUAAGUUUCGGAAAACAUGAACAACAAGCGGAUACAUUUGAUUCACAACCAGCAAACAAGAAUCAUGAUGAUCAGAUGAUUCAGAUCCCGAUUGUGACAAAGGAAGCUACUUUGUCGCCCGCAAAGAAUAAAGUUCCAGAAAGAAAGAGGGUUAAUUUAUCUCUUGGGAAAUUAGAAUCUGAUGAAACAUGCCCAUUUAUGAGGACCGAGGAGUCUAUGAAAAAGUGGAAGAACUUAAAGGCGUCUUCAAGCGGAUCGCUUAACAAAAAGAAACGGUUGGUUAACGAAUCUGCUUGAGCUCAUCAAGGUCUUUUUGAAUACUGUUAAUUUUUUUUUUUUUACCUUUUGAGUUAUGUAUGGUCAAUUAAGUUGUAUUCUUGUAACAACUUGGAUUUUAUCUGUCAUGUAUGAGUUGGUAAAAAACUGUACGUUUGCCUAAGAAAAAUAGAAAAUAUCACCUAAUGUGCCAA